AUGCCGAAACAUCCGAUAGCAGAGGAAUAUCCUGUGGAUAUUGUCGAUCUCAGUGAUGACUUCAAAACUUCGAAAACGUUGGACAUCACCUUGGACGAAGAGAAGAAGAUACACAGAUACUGGAUCAUUCUGAGAAAUGUGAAAUGGUCAGUUUGCAUCGUCAAUGAUCAACGAGGAACAUUUUUCGUUUUUCAGGCAAGUGGAGCUCCGUUCGACUUCGUUCGAGUGCUUUGCAGCCUAUUUCAAGGCGCCUUCCACUUGGUCCGCCGAAAUUGACUUCGAAAUCCGCGCGCACAUCACCAACUCGGUCCGUACGGACCGUUUCGCCGGAAAAUUCACCGGCGCCAACCACAUGCACUUCCGUCAUUUAAAGCUGCACGAGCACAUGGCUCGCGAGAAGCUGAAGACGUUGAGAGUGGAGAUCGUGAUCAAUGUGACGGCUCUCCGCAACUUCGGAAUGUUCCACGACUACUUCGACAUGAUGCCGGAGGAAGAGGAUGCUAUGCUGAAUGUGGAGGGAAGACUCAUUCGCAUCAACAAAAGGUACUUGGCGAUGAUGUCGCCGUUCUUCAAGGCCCUCUUCUAUGGAGAAAUGGGCAAGGAGAAGGAAAUGUUCGACCUGCCGCAUGACAAAUUUCGAGAGGUCCUCACUUUCCUCAGAGUCGUCUACCCCCACAGACAACCAGUCACCAAGAAGAGCCUGGAUUUCCUGCUCGACAUGUCCGAUCGUUACCAGUGUCAGCCACUCGUCGAUGCUUGCGAAAUGUUCAUGUGUGCUCACUAUCACGAGUACCAAAAGAAGACCGAGAAGUGUCUGAUGUACGUGGAGAAGUUCAAGAUGCAGCGUCUUCUGGUAGGAAGUCAAUUACGCUCAAAAAUGCUCAUAAUCGAUCAUUUUCAGCGCGUCGUCACCGAGUUCAUCUCCAUCAGUCAGAAUUCCAAUGAUUUCCGUAAUCAGUCCUACUGGCCGAACCUCUCGGAAAAGACGCAGUUGGCUGUGCUCGAGUACAUGGCCAAGUCCAACAAACAGCAAAAGGGCAUCGAACGCCGUCGCGGAGCAAAUGCUCACAGAGCCAACAUCGACCCGAUCGACGACCAGGACCCGCCGAACGGCCGACUGGUGGUGAUCCCUGAUCCGGUGCGCAACGCAGAUAUGCACGUUCCCGCCGAUCACAUCAAUCCGUACGGACGUUAUCAAUACCGCCCUCAUUUCUUCCGUUACAACUGAGUCUUUCAUGACACUUUGCCCGCAAUUACUUCAAAUCUCGUUAAUGACUGAUUGAAAUAUUUCCAAAUAGACCGAUCACCUGAUUGCUUUCUCCCCUUCUCUUGCGUUGUCCGUCUUCUUCUUUCUCUAUCAUUGUUCCUCCCAACAGCCAUAAUUAAUUAAUUAAUUGUAAUGCCUAGUUCCGAAUAAAGUGGGGAAACACAAGGCAUAGUUACCAUCAAAUACGUUUCCGAAUGUUGAGUUGGUGAGAAUCGUCGAAGUUCGGCGUUAACCAGCUAGAGUGGUAGCUAGUCGGUUGAUCGACAUGGCGACAACUGUCUUUAUUGAUAAGAAUUCAGUAAACUCAAACAUUUCCGACUUUACUGCGAGUAUGAUAUAGUGGAAUUCUAAUGGGUGAGGACUCUCAGAAGCCUGGAGAAGAGAAUACAUAGAACCAUGCUGCAAGCAGCAGCCACUGGAAGCGAGCCACUUGUGUGCGAUUGAUUCGCUUCGCCGUCCCCUCCGUGCCUUCUGCGCACUUCUCCUGCUUCUAUCAUGGUUCUAUUCUCUUAUCGAGGCUUCUUAGAUUCCCUCCCCAUUAGAAUUUUACGACGUCAUCCUCGGAUGCUCGAAGAGCAGUCUCUCCAAGCGAUGAGUGCCACAGGCGUGCGAUCUUUCCACUUCGCCGUCUUCUCCCUGCCUUCUACGCACUGCUGCUGUUUCCAGAGCUGAUGGGCGAGUAGAAGGGAAUAGAAGCAUGCUGAAAGCAGCAGAAGUGCGUCGAAGGCAAGGAGGACACAUGGCUCCGCUCCCUUCGAGUUCCUUCUGUUAGAUUGACAGGCACAGGUGAAUCGCGAAAAGUGUGGAAUUAGUUCGCGAUUUAUCCCAGAUUUUUUCUCCAGGUACACGCGAUGAAGCGAAUUGUUGAUUAAUAACUGACAAAUCGCGAACGGGCAUUGUAUAAUUGACAAAUCCUGCGCAAAUCGCCCAUUGUAUAACAAGCCAAUUUUUCACAAAUCGCACUUGAGACGAGAUAAUUUUAUUAAACGAAAAAAAGUAACAAAAUAACAGAAUGCAAUGUUAGAGACAAAAGAAGAAGUGAAAGAAAAAAUCGAAAAAAAAGAAUUAAGUAGAAAAUCACGUAACAGUCGGCGAUUACUUCUGCGACUCCGUCCUCAUGCUGAAUGUGUUCAUCUUUUCUUUCCUUUUCGAAACGUCAUCGUUUUCUUCCCACACACUAUUCGAAGUCGAACAUUGACUGAAAUUGAAUGAUUGAUUUUCUUUGUAUCCUUCUGAAUCUCACCGUCCAACGACCACGUUGUUCGUUUUGGCGAGGAAUAGGCCGUCUGACACUGUUCGAACUCUGCGCCCGGCACACUCGAAUCACUUUUUUAAAUCUUGGUCGGCAUUAAUAACUUCCAGUUAUUCUCUUUUUCUAAAUUCGUUCGCAUUAUCUGAAAUCUUUUUUCUGAUGCAAUUGAAUCAAAAAACCAUUUUCUCACCUGCGGCUGUCUGUUUCUGGAAGUAUUAGUCGUGGCAAUGAACCAUAACGAAUUGAAAUGCGAAACCUGUAUGCUCUACUUUGGUUUAAUUACAUAAAAAGCAUGCGAAAUUGCAAUAAAAAAACCAACGAAAAAUAUGAAAAAAAUCACAAAUAUUUGAAUUCAAAAAGUGAAACUCAGAGUGACCAGCCCGUUCGCCGAUUUGUCGAUUGUGCACCCUCGUUCGCGAACUUGUCAAUAAUUCACUAAUUAUACAUCAAUCGCGAACAAGCGCGAUUUCUUUAUUAUACACUGUGUUGUGCGCCAAUCUGCUUCUCAUCCCGUUCGCGAUUUGUUGAUAAUUUGUCUACAAUUGGCUCAAUUGUAUAAUUGAUCAACCGCGUUUCACCUGUGGGGAACUGAUCACGACAGGGAACUGAUCGAAGAACGAAAAGGAGAAAAUUGAAAGGAAGAACGAGUUGCUGAUUGAAAAGGUAGUAAAAGUUUUUCAGAAAACUUUGACUGUUCCAAACUGAACAUUUUUUAGUUCUCUGGGCAGCGCAAUGAUUUGAAAGCGGCAGAAGACAAAGCUGAAAAGCUUAAGACCGAAAUCAGUGUUCUGAAACAAUACGUCAAGUCGGUUAACGCUGAGGUACUUAAGCGGUUUUUUUUUCAAAUUUUAUCUUCUCCAUUCAAACUGUUUCGAAGUUCAUAAGUAUAACUUUAUUUCAAUCUUCUGGAUUGCUCGAAAAGAUUUUAUCGGACCUAAAAUUCUAGUACUUCUUUCGGGAAUCAAAUUUCGCAUUGAAAGCUUUUCAGUACGCACAACUCUUGGAUGCUAAUAAGAUAAGUUCCGUGGGAAAAAAGCGGAACAAGCGCGGAUGUGAAGAUUUCCUCCACUUGACUCAUUUUUUUCAGGCUGCCGAUCAACGUCGUGGGUUGGAGGAGACCAUCAAACAGCUGAGAGAGAUGUGCCGGAUACUACAAACGGACUGUGAUAUGCUCCGUCUGGAUGUGGAACAGCUCGAAAAGCAGGUAAGCGCGGCUUUUCAAAUCUUGGAAAGAAAGAAGCAAUUGCUUUCUGUAGCUUGCUUUUUUAAAGUCCUUUCCCGUUCUAUUCGUUUCAAAAUUCAUAACAAUUCGUUUCGAUAUUCUGCCCCGCGAAUUUCUGGCAAUGUCGCUCUAGCGCGGUACCGGUAGCUGCCGCAAUCACUUGGAAAUGUGACAUUUUCUAACUUAGCGGUAAACGCGAUAGCCAGACUUCUGCGGCAGCUGUAGAUGCUUUGCUGUAUUUUGAAUGUUCCAGGCGGAAGUGUGUACAUCUGAGGCGACGUCGGCCGUUGCGAGAGCCGAUGGAAGCAAGGUUCGCCGUAUGAUCUCGAUGAAAGCGCGUAAGAUACUGUUGGAGUACUACGAGCAGGACAGCACUGUCAAAAUUACCAGGAUAGAAGAAAUAGCUGCCGAUCUCGUUGCGAAGACAGGAGAGUCGGAUUGGGACAAGAAACGAGUUAAAAAAAUUUUUUUAUAA